AUGAAAAGGAUAAUCUGUUUAAUUUGUCAUAGUGAUGUUGGUUCGAGGCUCAAGAUUGAUUCCAGAUUAUUACGCGCACAAUUUGACGUUUUCAAUUUAAGUGAUUUUCACUAUUUUUUCCACCUCACCGGCACUGGUUGUUUGGUUGAUUCAAGUUGCAUAGCUGAGAACAAUUUCAAGCAGGGAAAGUUGUUUUUGUCAUCUUUUGACGCACAUUUUCUGAUCAGAACAAGGGAGGUGCAAAGCGCCUACAGCACCGGUGACUCGACACAAAAUUUUCAUUAA